CUUUUCAGCAUUUGCGGAAACGCAGAGGUGUAACGACGCCAUUUUUUUACGGAGGAUCUCGUUGAGCUACUGUACACCCCGUGACCGACCCUCGUGACUGACUGUACCAACUGAAAUCAAGAAAACAAGCAAACCCUUAAUUGAGGUUACUGGCAUGUAUUACUGCUCCGCAGUCAGUUUAUCGCUGCGGAGCGCCAAGCUGAAAUAUCGUCGAACAUGUGUUACAACACGGAAAGUGAUUGCCCCACAUUGAAUGCCACAUGUUUGUGCUGUGGAGUGGCCUAGCGCCACAGUGAAGUGUUCCUCCUGAUAAUGCCGACCUGUUCCGUGCCCGGAUGUGAUGGCAGCACUGCCAGCUCGUACCACCCGUUUCCUGAGAAAGGGGAGGACGAGCUGCGUGCCAGGUGGUUCACAGCCAUUGGCCUAGCAGAAGACGACGUUGGGGAUGACGACGAAUUGCAUGUCUGCUCUCGCCACUUCAGGCCAUUUGACUUCAUUGAGAGGGGCGUCGUGCGCAAAGGUGCAGUGCCUUCCAUGCGCCUUACACUGAAGGUGUCCUCAAGUCCCAGUCAAACAAGUCCAGCCAAGCGGAGGAAGAAAAGUACCAGCAGAGAGUUGGACCACUUGGAGGCAUCCAACGUCAUCCUUGAUGAGCCCAACAGUCGCCCCUCUCGUAAAGCUGCUCGUGUAGCUGCCUUGAAGAUCUCGGACACGGUGCGAAAGUACAACCUGGCUGCAGCCUCUGUUGGAGAAGAUGCAGACUCGGAUGAGGACUUCGACCUGGAUGCUGAGGUCCGCGCUGAAGCAGGCUCCUUUGCCAAGCUGCCUGUGUCGCCCACAAACAUGGUGCCGAAGCCGGCUGCAGCGGCAGCACCAGUCAGGCACCCCACGAAGACAGUGGUGCGCUGCAUUGUGGACAACUCAGUGAGUACGUUGCCCCUCGUACUGGAGUGUGAGGACGAACCUCUGACGCAAGUUCAGCGCGAGGCCCACAUGCGUGCCCAGAAUGCCUACAACCGCAGCAUGCGUCGCAUCAACGAUGCUCGGACGAGAGGUGCCAAGCUCAUAUACUGCUGUCCAAAGGAUUCCUACAACACUAGCAGUGUGCCAACACCAAUGAAGAUAGCACCAACCCCUACCUUACUAAAUCUGGUGUACGAUCCUCGCACUGGCAUGCUACUUGCACCUGGACACACACAAGUCCUCAUUAGUACAGCAGCUAAGAAUAUUCCUGCCACUGUGGCAGCUGCACCAAGGUCCCCUCCAGUGAUAGCCAACAUUGCUGCGGCGGCAGCACCAUUACAAGUCACUCAACCACCUCAAGCCAAACCGGCGCAGCAGCCUGCCACUGCCCCUGUGGCACGCCAGGUGCCGCUCAUCACCGGUGGCAGCACUGCAGUGACGGCAAACUCCCUGCUCAUGGUGAAGGUGAUGCCCAGCAAGGUGUUGCCCUCCAAGGUGCUCCAGGAAGAGAUCCAGCAGUUGGAGGCCCAGUAUCGCAGGGUAGUGGACGGGCAGAAUCCUGUGCCCUGGUUGGCGCAGCGCGGGGUGCUCCAGACAGACUUGCCAUGCAGGUUCUGUCGCGACGGCAGGGCCCUGCUCCAGCCUGACACCAGUGCGAUCAACGGCUACAGCUUGCGUUGCCGCCGGGUCAGGUGCCAACGUAAGAGCCUGCUGCAGCAGCCCAGCUUCUUUGCACGCUUUGGGCUACCACUCUGGAAGCUCAUCUGUCUGGUUUACCACUGGGCACGCCAGUCAGACCUUGCAACCGUGCUUUCAGAGGCGGUAGUGGAUAGCUUUGUGGUGCGAAAUGUGUGGCGUGGCCUGCAGGAAGUGUGUGCCCGUGCCGUGGCCACGCGGCGUGCCAAGUUAGGAGGACCAGGCAUCCAUGUCGAGGUGGCAACUGCCCAGCUGGGCCGGUACCUCAUCCUAGGUGCUCUUGACCGCUCCACUCUCGAGACAAGGCUCAAGGCAGUGUCAGUGGCCUUGGGCUGGAACUCACCUGUAUUCCUAAAGAGCCUCGAGCUGUGGCUGCGGCCUGGCACUGUCGUCAUUACUGAGGAUGUCAAGUUCAACAGCUUGGCUGAGCAAGGUUUUCCUGUGCGCUGUGGCGCCCGUCCUGGGCCUGACUUGGUCCACACGUACUUGAUGCGGCGGCUGACAGACGUCUUUGGACACUUUAUGGUGAACCAGCUGAAGCUGGAGACUGUGCAGGGCUUUCUGGACGAGCUGCAGUGGCGAGAACGCUUUGCUAACCAUGCACGGGAGGCCUUCUGGCGCAUCUUGGCUGACGUGCUUGACCACAGUGGGUGGAAAGUAUCCUUCGAGGACAUGCUUGGAACUGCUUCAGAUUCAUCCGGCCAAAAGGUGCCUAAAGCAGAACCUGAGGUUAUAGUGUGUGACAGCAGCUCAGAAGAUGAAAAAGGUGAUGGCGAUGAUGAUCACAUGUGUAGCAAUGACAGCAAAGACUCGGAUAUGGCAGCUGACCAGUCCAAAGCAGCAGCUAAGUCAGAACCUGGGGAGGAGACUGUCAACAAGGGCGAGAAGACGGGUGCUCAAAACUGUGUCAUUUUGGAUGAGUACUAUUAUGCGAGGAAGAAGCCUUGCCCCGCAGAGAACCAGCUUGUAGAAACAAGAGGCGACUUUUGUUUCAAGUGCCCGAUCUGCAAGAAGUUAAUCACCAAUAACAUUAAGACUGUAAAGCACAUCACCAACCACAUUGAAGGGAGCCGCCAGAGGAACCCUGACCUCACUGAUCUCACCAUUUGUAAAUACUGCUUCAAAGAAUUCGAAACCCCUUACAGCAUGCAAUGCCACACAGAAGCGGCUCAUUUAAAGCCAGACGGCAUAGUGUGUAAGAUUUGUAGCCAGGAAUUUGACUUGGUGUCUAGUCUCAUUGACCACAUGAAGAUCUAUCACAAUCCAUCAGAAAUGCCCUAUUCAUGUCAGCUAUGUGGCUUUCGUUCAUCAUUUCACAAUGACGUCGUCAGCCAUUUUCACGAGAAUCACGUAGGAACCAAUGCUCUUCUGUGCCGCUUCUGCCUUCGCGUGUACAUAGUGAAGUUCUCGAACAACUGUGCCAGCAUAGGGGUGCAGAACUUUUACUGCCACCUAUUCAAGCACCUAGCGCGUACAUCUGCCCGCCGUUGCCCCAUCUGCUGUCUGGUCUUCCUCAGCCACCUCGACAUGAAGGCCCACCGCGAGAAGGAGCAUGUGUCCAUGCUUAACGAAACAGGGGUGGAGGCAGUGAAGACUACAGACGCUAGUCCUAUACUAGUACCUGAACCCCACAUGAAGCCCCGCAGGACUGCUCUGAACAAUAUUGUCCCCAUGGCCAACAACCUGAACAGCUCCUGUCGGCCUCGCUUCUCGGUGCCCGCCGUGCAUUUGGAGCCACAGACAUUGCACUGCACCUGUCUCGAGUGCCGCAAGCCCAUAGAUGAGGACCACUUCAUUCGUUCUGUGAGCUGUGGGGAGUGCAAAUACACGACCAACUGCACCAAGGCCUUUGCUGAUCACAUGAUCUGUCGACACUCCUCUGCAGUCAAGAGCCGAACACCACUCUUCCGUCUCGCUCCCCUUACCCUCAGGAGGCCUGGCACAUGUCCAUGCGGUUUCCAGACUUGUGAUGGCAAUAGUCUCAUUUCUCACCUCGUGUCGUGCAACCAAACGACGGCAGCUGUCACUGCAUGUGGUCCAACCACACGGACAAUGCGGCUGAAAUGCUUGACAGGCAACUCGGCAAACUACUUCCCGCCCCUGAUCAACUUAGAUGACGAGGACACCAACUUGAAUGAACCAUUUUCUGAGGUAUUCUCGUCAAGUGUCUCCAGUGAGCUGCCGGCAACGACACACUCACUCCCAGUCGAAACAUCUACCUCUUCAGUCCAUGAGAAAGACGCUGACGAAAGCCAGAGCCCAAACCUCCUGAAUCUCCUGGGGCUGAUGCGCAAACCCUCGCACUUUUCAUUUAAGGACACUGAGUCAGACGAUGGUACUGUGAAGGUGACGCCAGCAGCGGGUAGCCCAGAGCGAUGCCUCGUGGGUCCCAGAAGUGCCAAGAGACGGUGGGCUGCCAUGGGUAUGAUCCUGGAUGAAGGGUCCGACUCUGAGCCACCAGUUUUGGAGCCACAAAAUCGCACUGAACGCUCUGCAACACGUGUAGCCCGCCGCUGCCUUGAUGAGGCCCCAAGUUUAGAACCCCAGGUCGAGCUAGCAGGCGAGGAGGAAGAGAGCAAGCUUCCUGCGAGUGAGGACUGCCUUGCUGAUGCUGCCCUUGAUGAGUGCAACAUGGAAACAAAGCCAGCAGGCAGCAAUGGCUCGGAGGACAGUUUGUGGCCUGCCUUGGACUCUUGCAUUGUGCUGGACAGCAGUGUUUAAGUGUGUUGUUCUUUUUAUAUACGAGAGAGAUAAAAUAAAAAUGACCUUCUACAUUCUAUUUUGUUUUAAA